AGCAAAGCACACACACAUGUCCACCAACAACUUGUAUUUGUCAGUUCCGAUGCUUAAUUUGGGACAGCGGAGAAGCAGUGAAGGCUAUCUGAACGCAAACGACUUAUUGUCCCAAGGAGGAGGUGAAUCUCUGCUGGAUUCCGCCGGACUUGGAACCUCUCAACCAAACCUUACUUCUCAGCGACGAGGCACAAAUCCAUCGAUUUUCGACGGAAAUUUUAUGGAUGCACUGCGAAAAAAUUAUGAGAUUGCGUCCGUGGUAGCUGACCUCCAAGACACCUCAAGAUCCGCACACUUUAAGAAAUCGAGUCCAUCAAUGGUCCGCGGAGGUCCGCAACUUCGUAAUUCAAGUCCCCGCCCAUUGAUACUUCAGCAGCACGCAAAGUGGAGAAAUGAAGAGAGCUCAUCAAUUUCGUCGACCGAUUCUGAAGACAUUUCCCUACUGCCCAACGAGAAUCAAAAAUGGGAAUGGUUGAGGCGGGAGGCGAAAAGUUUUGUGGAUGACGUCAUCAAUGCGUUUGAGACUGGAACACCUGGAGAGCAAAAUUCGCAAAAUGAGACGGAAAAGCUGUCGGCUGUGCAGUUGAGGAAGGAUAUUAAGAGAUUUUAUUCCGCAGUCCAUCCUUACCUGGAGGUUCUAUCCGCCCUCUACGACAUCAUAAUGUGGAAGAAUCCCUUAUCAACACUUCUUCUGAUCCUUGUCAUAAUCUACUCUCUGUAUCGUGGUUGGCUUGCGACGUUGCUCCUUGGAUUAUUGAUUUUUCAACUCUCAAUCAAUUACCUAAAAUCUGUAAAACACAUCGACCUUGGCUGGAUGUUCCUGCCCCGGAAACAGGUUAUUAUGCCAAAAUUUGACAUCAGUGGUGCCCAACUGAUAUUUGAUAUCGCGAAAUUCGCUCAGAAGCUGCUCAGAUUCGGGACCAAUAUUUUGGAGAAGUUGGAGAGCCUUUUUCUGUGGAAAAAUGUGAAAAUCACUCGAGUUUUCUACUUUUUAACGGUCUACUGGACUUGUUGGACCCUACUUUUCGCAUUUGGAACCUGUAUUGGAUGGACUUUCCUGGCUAUUGGAAUCCGCUUAUUCUUCACGACAUAUCUGUUCGAAAAAUUUCCAAAGUUGAGAUUCCGGUUCGAUACCUAUGGAUAUUUCUACCGUAACCUGCCGUUGAGGUCCGAUGUGGUCCCAGUACUAACCCCAAGAAGCCAACCACAAACUACACGUUCCCAUAACACCCAUAUGGAUUUGGAUGAGAGAUGUCACACACCAAGCUCAAAAAGCCUGAGCGCUUAUUGCGGAGAAAAAUUCGAGUCUCGCCUAGGAAGCAACUUCAAUUUGGACCAAUCCGCCGCCGUGAACCUGCUCCUCGGCUCCCGGCACUCGAGAACUCCAACGCCGAGCCAAUACGACUCGAACUCCCAUCUGGAUGCUCAUUCCGAGUCGGCAAUUCAUCUGGACUCCCCGGAUUCUCCCUCUGAGCUCUCCGCUAGUGUAUCCCUACCCCUGCAAAAUGAGCACAUGUUUGGAGCAACUGGCUCGGUGGAGGAUCCUGACGAACUUGAGCACACUUGUAUGGAUGAUGGCGCGGAUCCCAUAAUUGAUAAUGUUAUUGCAUUCCGCAGUUGUGUGAUGAACGAGAAGGAGCGCGUUUUCCCGAUGGGAAUCACUCCCGGCAUACUGUACCUGACAGAUGCUGCUCUGGUGUUUCGACCUCGAAAUCAUACAGACGACAAAGAGCAGCUUAUGAUGCUUUUUCACGAUCUCAAGUUGGUUAAGAAGACCCAAUCGCUCCGUUCAAUGUCACUGAUCACGGGAACACGAAAAAGCCUUGAAAUUCACGUGGAAGGCCGUCGCAAGCCGGUCCAAUUCAUAGGACUCGCCAAACGCGACGAUUUCGUCACUCGGAUACAGCUCAUGUGCAGAAAUGCGUCGGCUGCUGUGGAAUUUGCUGAAUAACCUUAUUUUUAUUUUGUUGUACAUGUGAUUCUAGUCCUCCAACGUCGUCCAUAACUUGUAAACUGCGCUCCGAUGUUCCAAAUGAUUGUGAAAAUGCUUAUUUUGAUUAUGUACGGGUUUGAAAAUGAAGAAUUUCU